AUGGAAGAAUCCCGACCACCGGCAACGGCCGACAAAGGCGUCUCCGUGAAGAAAGGACUUGUUGCGUUAACGGCGUCUAUGCAAGAGCGCCUUGGCUAUCUCAAGGCGUUGGCAGUAGGUUUCACUAAGAAACUCACCACCAAAGGCGAGAAAGAAGCUACCGAGGCCGAUAUGCAGACGGCCAAGAUGCAGGUCGACGCCGCAAAUCGAGCCGAAGGCAUCAAGAAGAGUUUGGCUGACGAGAUUAUAAUGUAUCUGUAA